AUGGGCUCCAGCAAGCGCUCCAAGGCGGCUGCAAAGCUCAAGGCCGUCGCCAUCGCCAGCGUGGCAGCAGUGCCAAAGGUGGCAAAGGCGGGCGCUGCAGCGCCUAGGCGUGCAGUGUCUGCGACGCGGCGCAAAGGAGGCAGCUCCGGCCGCAGCAGCGACACCGCUGCACAGCAGUGGGAGCAGGCAUGUGCUGCAGCCGGCGACUCUCUCCGGGUGGCGGCCGAGGCUGGAAGAAAGACGACGGUGGCGGCGGCGACGACAGCGGCGCGCGAGGUGGCCAGUGAGUCGACGGCCGAGUGUUUUGCCCGCCGCCUCAAGGAGCGGGUGGCAGAGCGGACCGGCGGCAGGCCCUCGCAGGUUCGGGAGAUCGGCAGCCUCUGCGCCACCGCUUCGCUGAUUGCCGGCGUCUGCCUCGUCCUGUCCAUCUGCGGCCUCUGGGGCGUCUGCAGCGGCGGCCGAGCCUGCCGCUGGUGCCUCGCCCUCUACGCGUGUGUCAACGUCCUCCUCGUGCUGUUGCUCGUUGUGGGCACUGCGUUGGCGCUAGCUGCCGGUGUGACGCUCGACAACGCCCAGGAGGAAAGCUUCUCCUACGAGCCAAACGGAGAGCUCGAGCGGAGCGUCUUUGGCGCGGCACGCGGCGUCUUUCAGUCGGCCUACGACCGGUGCGAACCGUCUGCGUACCUGAGCGACGCCGUCAACGACGCGUGCGCCUCAGGCCUGCUCAACGCGAGCGGCGGUUCCUCCUGCACAGGCAACGCGCCGGGGCAGCUCUCCAUAUUUUGCAAGGCGCCGGCGGCGACGCAGCAGGCGUCCCUCCAAGCGGCGCUAUACAACCCGCCCGAGUCGGUGCCACCGCGGUCCCUCUCCGCCGCUCUCAACAGCUUCGACUGGUGGGCGAGCGCCUUCUGCACGCCCGUGACCGCCGAGUUUGGCGCCCAGCUGCACAUCGCCGCGCCGGCCGCCAAGGAGUCGUCGGACGCAAGCAAGGAUCUGUUCAGGUGGGCCACCUCUGAGGCCGGCUCGGGCGAGGCGCGCGACUUCCUCGACAAGCUGGUCGCCUGGACCGAUUGCUACGGAACGCAGUGGUGGAGGGAGGAGGAAGGUCCGACCGCGGGCGGUGGCUUCACACCGUCGCCGGAGCUUCCGGACUCGCUGCUGUCGCUGCUCGGAGAGGGCGAGGCGUACUCUGCCAAGAUGCUCUUCUGCUCGUGCGGGAGCUCCAACGUCGCGGUGGCUGCGGCUGGCCACCUCAAGACCACGGGCUGGGUCCUGCUUGGGUGCGCGCUCUGCUUUGCGCUCAUCUUUGCGGUUGAGCUGCGGCUGCUGCAAUUUGACCCGCACGUAGUAAUCUGCAAGAGAAAAGCUCAAAACGUAGUAAACUGCCAUUUUUCGUACUUUUAA